AUGGCGGCGGCGAGAUGGCAGAUCAGCUUGUUGAUACAUAGAGGUACCAUCAAGGUACUCGCAGAUCUAGAAGAGAGCAUGUACGAGAGAAGCGGGUAUUCAAACAAUGCGCAUGCAGCGUGUACUCUAACCAUUCGCCGAGCUUCGGAUUCUCUUCUAACUCGACUGGAUCUUGAGAGCAAGCUCGAGGGACAUCAGAGCUGUGUCAAUGCUUUGGCUUUCAACAGGAACGGCGACCUUCUCGCCUCGGGCUGCAUUAACAGCCGUGUCUUGAUCUGGCAUGCAGGAGCCUCCAGGCUCGUCAGCUCGAUCAGCACACGUCAUUCCGGCUGCAUCUUUGGGCUGGAGUUCGCCAGGGGGGCCAUGGAUCACUCGAUAUGGUCCUGCUCCAAGGACGGCACCAUCUUCCUCUCGCACGUCGACGGAGUUUGCUCGGAGAGACCGACGAUCCGGCACUCGGAGAGCGCCCUGCAAGUCUUGACUGAUCCGCUGUAUCCGCAUGUGGUCUUGAGCUGCAGCAGUGAUGGCACAGUCCGCCAAGUAGACAGCAGAAGUCCAGGGUCUUGCGGGGAGGAGGAGGAGAACAGAGCAAACGUGCUCAUCGAUCAUCGCAGGCUUGCGGAAGGGAAGAGAUCGGCAGAAGUUCUCACUAUGGACAUAAACCCCUGUCGGCCGGAGCUGCUGACCACGGGAGGGAACGAAAGCGUCGUCCGGUCCUUCGAUCGGAGGAUGCUGAGCGUGAAGGGAUCGUCCUCGAGCUACGAGGCCCGUGAGGUCGAGCCGGUCAGCUGCUGGUCACCCCAUCAUCUCAGCGGCCACAAAGGAAGGAGCUUCAAGGGCAAGGUGGUGACGUGCGUGAAGUACGAUGAAGGGGGGACGUCUCUCCUCGCCUCCUUCAACAGAGAUCGCAUCUACCUCCUCCACCCUCACCACGGGGAUCAGUUUACACAGUUUGUUGCUGACGAGGACAAAGAGGCGACUGGCGAGGCCCUUCCGUCACAGCCAUCGCAGCGCGGGUCAGAGCAGGAGCACUUCACCGACUCGGGCAACCCAGCCCUCAAUUUUUUGUCCCAAACCCUCCAGGCAGUAGCGCAACGUCGCCCCAUUGUGCUCUCUGACGAUGAAGGGACAUACAGCAACCUGACGGUCGACAUGGAUGGAAAGCUCCGCUUCAACUCCACCGACUUGAUCCACCGGUCCUUGCAGCGUCCCGUGCCGAGUAGGGCAGAGCAGGAGCAUGCGGCAGCAGGGCGCUCCUUGCAUGCUGCGGCAGAGCGUGACGGAUGUGAGGAAGAAACUCAUGCGGAAUCGGGACAUAAUGAGCAGACGGGAAGGAACAAGCCAGACGAGCAGGAGAAGGAGAGGAAGAGCAAGACAGGGAAGUUCUCAAUGCGCUACCAGGGGCAUCUCAGCGUGCGGGGGUUGCAUAACGUGAUUUUCUUCGGCUCUGAGGAGCAGUACGUCGUACAUCUGGGACAGAGCAAGCGGGAGGCUGUGCAUGUCAUUCAGUGCUGGUGA